AUGAUUUCAUAAAUAUAAUCUUUCAGAAUAGAAGAUUUAAGAAAGAACUGCUUUCAAAUAAAAAAAUCAAUAUGUUUAGGCACACAAAAAAGUGAACUAGGUCUUGAAUCAAGCGAAUAUUCUUUAAUAGGCGAGUAUAAAUUUGAUGACCAAUAUGGUAUAGAUACUUCGAAAAUGAAAAAUGACAUAAUAAAUAUUCCCAAAGUAGGCCCUUAGCAAGGAGGCAAAGGUUAUUCAGCCUUCUUUGAUUAGUAAAACACUAAAAACAUAACAACAAUUAAACAUAUAGAUGAUUAUAAUAGUGAAGAUUUUAGUUUAAGUUUUUGGAUAUUUUUAAUUUAAGAUAAUAAUACACCUGGAUGGAAAACAAUAAUUCAUAAAGGUUCUAAUUCAUAAGAGUUAACACCCUCUAUUAUGUUAUGGCCUAAUUCCAGAAGGCUACAUAUUAGACUCAGUACAGACAAUAACUGGAAUGAAGAUUUCGACUCGAAUGGACUUUUGCCCCUUAAAAGAUGGACUUAAAUUAAUAAUAAUGGAGAUUUUCAUAUUGGAAUGGAUGAAUGGCAUUCUGGACCUAUUUUUUAUAUGGAUAAUCUUAAAUUUUAUAAAAGUAUUUUAAAAAAAUCUGAAAUAGAUGCACUUACUUAUUAACCUUUUUCAAUUUUCGGAAGUGACUCUUAUGCUAGAUUAGGUUGUUUAUCAUGUACUUAUUAAGAAGCCCUAAAUUCUUGUAAAAAUGAAUAUCAUUUGUGCACUUUUAGUGAAAUAUAUGCAGGUGCCUAUUAAGUUGCUAGAAUUUAAGGAUGGAUGAGAUUAAGUAUGUAUUUUUGGACAAGAGUUGAUUAAACUUAAGGAUAAUUUUUUGAAGAACUUAAAGACCCUAAUGUAAAUAAAGUUGGAAUAUGUUGUAUUAAUAAAGGAUAUUGA